AUGAACGAGAUUGUGGUCACUGAGCCCAACAGGGGCGGUGAAGGCGCCCCUCUGUUUACCUGUAAUACCUGUGGUUUGACAUUCCCUACAGCUGAUUUACAAAGAAUUCAUAUGAAAACCGACUGGCACAGGUAUAAUUUGAAGAGAAGAGUAGCAUCUCUUCCUCCUAUUUCCUCUGAAAUGUUUGCUGAAAAGAUGAUUAAUCAACAACACAUUCAAAAGCUUGCUGAAGAAAGAACUGGUCGAGGUUCAUCAUCCCGAAGCUCUGGCCAGAGACAAGUAACGAAGAAGGAUAAAAAGAGAGAAGAGAGACUGCUACGAAAGGCCACUAGCAACAAUAGAGCUGCUUCUAGUACAUAUUCUAAGACUGGUGGCUCAACAGCAGCAAAGGGACCAGCUACUGGUGAAGAGAUUUCGAGGCCAAGUAGCCCUGAGGGUAGUGUUGCCAGUGGCAUCUCUUCUACUUUCUCUCUCGGUGAUCCUGUUGGAAGCCAUUAUGCACCGAGUGUGACUGAUGAGGAUUCGGAUCUUUAUAACGAUGACUCGGAAGAAGACACUCAUUACACCAAGGCUGAGAAUGUGGUCCCUGUGCCUGAAACUAGGGAAGUUAGCGAUGACGAAGAUCUUGACGAGGACGCUCGUAUUGAAAAGGAAUUAGCCAGAUACAAGGCAAAGGCAUUGCAUAUUCCUCCUAAUGUUUGUCUGGUUGAUGGUAAGGAGCUACAAACUGUAGAGGAAAAUGUUGCCUAUAUGACGAAGAAGUAUGGCUUGUAUGUGCCGGAACAGGAGUAUUUGGUCGACCUUGAGGGGCUUAUUACGUACCUUGGCGAAAAGGUUGGUCUUGGUAACAUGUGUUUGGCCUGUUCUUUCCAGGGUCGCAAUGUCGAGAGUGUGCGUGCACAUAUGAUUGCUAAGAGCCAUGUGCGCAUUCCAUAUGAAACCACCCAAGAAAAAUUGGAAGUUUCUGAGUUUUAUGAUUUCUCAUCUUCUUAUACCCGUAAAUCCAAGGCACCCGCUAAUGACGAGGUUGAAUAUGAUGGAAAUGAAGAUGAGGACGAUUGGGAAGAAGUUGAUGAGGAUGAUGAUGAUGACUUUGGGGAUGAUGAUGAGGUUCCGGAAGACGAGAUUGUUGACGACUCAGGAUUUGAACUUGCUCUCGCUCCUGGUUUACGCGCUGGCCAUCGUAGUUUGCAAAGAUACUACAAACAAAGCUUGCGAUCAAAUGAGAUCACUCGAGAGGGUCAAGGAACUGUUAUGGCUGUGGAUGUAAGGUCUGCUGGUCUUAUUACGGCUCGUGAUCCUGUUGAAGAAAAGCAGCAGAAGCUUAUCUGGAAGAAUACCAGAAAACAGCAGAACAUCAAUUAUCGUAGAGAUAAGUUUAUCAACCAACAGAAGCAUUAUCGUGAUGAACUAUUACAGUAG